AAGAUGAAAUUGCUUGAAUGUUGUCAGCAUUUAUAAUUGUGUUAUCAGUGAAGCAAAACAACCUUGACAACUACAUGUAUAUGAAUAUUUAUCAGCAGAUGUUUUGUAGAGUUGGGUUGAAAUUAGAAAUUAAUGCAUGAACUGUUAUCCAAGUUUCCAACAGCAUUAUACGUCUAUGAGGUAAAGUAUCACUGAUAGCCAGACCUUACCUGGUAUGGUGUAUGAUGGUUACAUGGGCGUGUUAUAGCUAACACGUGACUUUACACAUUUUAUGAGCUAAUUGUAGUGUUUGUUUGGCUAACAAGUGUUUACCUUCAGGAUUUUAAAAUCCAUUCAUCAGGAAUAGAAUGUCAGAGAUGACUAAAGAAAAUGACAUUUUACGUAUCAUUGCUGGUGGAAGAUUCAAUUCUGAAAUUAAAAGCAGUUAGCAAGAGUGAAAGGAUGGUUGUCUUUGAAUGCGAGAAUGCCAAAAACAGACUAUACAUAUUCCAGAAGCCCCAGCUAUAGUAGGAGGUAUCUAAACAGGUCCUAUAAAAUACCCAACAUGUCGCGACGACUGGUCAGGUCGGGGACCAGCCUUGUGGAGGACAUCAGUGAUGUUUACAGUUCUGAGGAGGAAGAUGGAUACAUCUCCAGCCCCAGUACUGAGAUGUCUGAAACCUAUGUUACCAGUAGAACAGUGAUUGAGGAUGGUAUGUUACUGCGAUCAGGAAAAGGUAUACAAAAUGCUAAAGAGAUAUUUGAAGAGCAUGAAAGAGCAAAGAUGAGGAAGUCUACAGGACGAGUCAGUAGCGCGGUCAGUUCUAGAUCACGUGGACGUUUGUCUCUAGCAUCUGACAUGGUAACAAGUACAAAUAUGUUAAAGAGCCAGCAAUCUCGAUCAUCUGUGUCACAGAGAGUGCGGACUAAAGUGAGAAAAACUCUAGUGCAAGAAUUCGAGGAAACAGAAAUGGAAAAAGGAAUGAAAGAAGCUGCAAAUGAGAAAAGUCGUAUAAGUCAAAGAACUUCUCUCCACAGUCUUGAUCAUUUAUAUGGCCUAGACUCUGAAGUAUCAGGUAUUGAAUCUGAAGAGGAAUGUACUGAUUCUUCUCGGAAAAAUUACAGUUACAAUGCAUCCCGUCGACAGGAAACAUCCCAAACAGAAGAGGAUCUUGAGGACAUUUCAACACUGACCACAGUCACCACCACAGUGGUCACUACAAUAAUAGAGCGUGUGUCAGCGGUGACGAGCCCGGUGGUGACACCUAUGUGGAACACGGUUGGUAGUCCUGUGUGGAAUGCUGUGGGACGACCUGUGUGGACACAUGUUUUCCAACCCAUGUGGACAUAUAUUGGGCAACCAGCUUACCAUGGCUUGUCCUCCACUAUACUGACCACCGUUACGAUCCUACAAUACCUCGUAUCUCAGGCUAUACUUUUGGACACCUGGCUACUAUCUCGAAAAAAGAAUGGGUGUUGUUUGUGUCUCCCACUGCUGCUGUUGUUACCACUAUUGAUGUUGUCAGGUAUUGUGCCAAACAUGCAGAAUCUCAGUUCAGUCUUAAGUACUCGUCAGCAUUUACAAGAAGGAAUCUCAGUGUCAAGUGAUCAAGUAUUAAAUACAAUCAAUCUUCAGGAGGAAGUGAAGAGGAUCAUUAUACAGCUACAAAGUAGCUCACAAAACCAACUCACUGAAGCAGACGUGGAACGUAUUGUAGCUGGCAAAAUCGCCACAGAGUUAUCUGCCCUUAAACUUGAUCUAGCAGAGAAAGAAAACCAACAUGUGGCAGCAGAGAUGCGUAAGAACAAUGAGCAGGCUAUGAAACUACAGCAUCUCCACACGAGUCUCGUGAGCAAUAUCACGUUGGUGGAACAGAAAAUGGAAAUGGAGAAACAGAAUCUUGAAACUGUUGGGGCGGCGUACCAUAGUCAGUCGAGUAAUGUCCUGAACCAGCUUGGAGAGGACCUCACAGCACUCCAGGCAAAGCUAAAAGGAGUGGAGCUCUCCCAACAGAUGCUGGAGAUACAAAUGAAGAACUGUUGUCGUAACGACAGCGUCCUAGCAGCAUUCAUCCAUGACCACAUCAGCACCAUACUGGUUGAGGUGAUGGGAGGCCACGAGAGUGGAAACGGGCCACAGGAUGCAUUCAUGGUGUGGUUACACAAUAACUACGUUAGUCGUAAAGACCUGGAGGAGCGCAUGUCCCUCAUGGCUGCUGAUAUCACCCGCCACAUCUUGGCUGAGCAAAAGAAGGGAAUGGAGCCCUCCAUCACCAUCACCAAUUCUGGGGGUGGGGCCGAUAUAUCUGAACAGCUAAUAAGGACCAUUGUAGAUGAUGCUCUACUCAAGUACAGUGCAGACAAGAUUGGACUACCAGAUUUUGCCCUGGAAUCUUCUGGAGGAAGUGUGAUAAGCACGAGGUGCUCCGAGACCUACCAUAAGAAAACAGCUCAGUACAGCAUCAUGGGUAUACCCCUGUGGUACGCCUCAAACUCUCCUCGUACCGUCAUACAGCCGGAGGUCCAUCCAGGAUCAUGCUGGGCAUUCCAGGGAAGUCAGGGCCACCUGGUAGUGGAACUCUCAACUAUUAUAACGCCAACAGGAUUCUCGCUUGAGCACAUUCCAAAAUCUGUAGCACCAAAUGGCAAAAUUGACAGCGCUCCCAAGGAUUUCCUUGUACAGGGAAUGACAGGCGAGAAGGAUGUGUCUGGUAAAGUGUUGGGGAACUACACCUACAAUGAUGACGGCAGACCUCUCCAGUUUUUCCCUAUACAGGUAUCAGACCCAGGAUUUUUCAAGUUUGUGGAACUCAAGAUCCUCAGUAACCAUGGUAGCCCAGUAUUCACAUGUGUGUACAGAUUCCGUGUCCAUGGCUCUCCGUAUACAGGCUGAUCCAAGGACAUCUGCCAUAGAGAGUAAUUCUACAGGGUCAAGAUAGUGGUGAAAGAUAUGUGUUCAUGGCAUAGGUUGGUCCUGACUUUGGGCAACAGUUUACAGGAGUGGUAGGUCUUGACUUUAGGACAACAGUUUACAGGAGUGGUAGGGCUUGGCGUUAGGACAACAGUUUACAGGAGGGGUAGGUCUUGACUUUAGGAAAACAGUUUACAGGAGUGGUAGGGCCUGACUUUUGGACAACAGUUUACAGGAGUGGUAGGUCUUGACUUUGGGACAACAGUUUACAGGAGGGGUAGGUCUUGACUUUAGGAAAACAGUUUACAGGAGUGGUAGGUCCUGACUUUAGGACAACAGUUUACAGGAGUGGUAGGUCUUGACUUUGGGACAACAGUUUACAGGAGUGGUAGGUCCUGAUUUUGGGACAACAGUUUACAGAUUAGUAGAUACAUACAUUGGUGAACUACAGAGAUCUGAGAUGUGUUCAGGGUACUAAAGACGAAUCUCGAUGAAAUUCUAUACAGGGAUGUAAAGUAACUGUUGUGAAGUGAUGCUACACACAAAAUGAUUCUGACCAAACCAAAAGGUGCAUCAUGACUAAUUGACCAUUUGAUAGCAGCAAGGUUACAUGUGGAAAGGAAGUGAAUCAUUAGUAGACAGUUGGUGCUUGUGAUGUUUGUUUAUACACUAUCCAGUGUAUUGACCAUUAUACAACACACAGAAUAUACAACAGUGAUAUCAUCGGACCCUCUGAAGUAUCCAUGCUUGAAGAAAUUUUGAAGAAUUAAAAGAUAUUAUGCUGACCAUGCAAAAUGUUUUAUAAGUAUUUGGAAACCUAUGGGUAGCAACUUAUAUACACGUAAGUGCAUUGAUAAACACAGGAUUAUUAAACUUGAAAAGAAUGCACAUCAAAUGUAAUGUAGGAUACCAAGAUACAAAUGUCUCAUAUGAAAAUUUAGAACAUUGUAUCCAAAACAAAUACUUAAUGAUUUAAGAUCAGAAUUUCUUGGAGAUGAAAUUUGCUACAGAAUAUGUUGGGAUUGUGUAAUCAGAUGGUGGGCUAAACAGAUUGCCUUUUGUUUUGGUCCAUCAUCCUUCAAGUAGUUCUUGUGACAGAUGUUUCUCCGAUGUGAAAUGUAGGUUCCCCUUGGUUGAUAGUUUUGCAUGUUUAAUAUUAGACUGAUUGGAAGAACCUGGCCAUCUUUGAUUUUGGGAGUUCAAGUUGUUAUUUCUGAAUUAAUACUGGAUGGAUCUUUCUCAAAUUCUAUAGGUUCUCAUUGAUCCUUAGUUGUACAUGUUUUAUUUUGAGACUGAUCAAGAAUUAAGCAAUUGGUUUUAUUAUCACUAUUUCUCAGAUUUCACAAUUAAGUUCUCUUUGGUUCUUAAUUGUGCAUGUUCAAUUUGGGCAACAAUCCUAGAACUUGACAAUUAAAGUGCAUAGUCAUUAUUUCUCUGAAUGUUCUAGAGAGUUCUAGAGUAAGUAGGUUAUUCAUGUUCCCUAGUUCUGCUUAUUUCAUUUUGAGCUUCAUACUGCUUCAUUCUAUUGCUGCCAGAAAUCAGAAAUAUCUUUUGUUCUAUUUCUUUUUUUACAUAUAUUAAAGUUCUAGUAAAAAGGUAAAUUACAACCUCACUUUGAAAGGAUAAUGUCAAACACAGCAGCAGCAGCAACUUUUGAUCUAAAGUUAGCACAAGAUGUAUAACCUGAUACAUUUGAGUGCUUUGAUUAUGUUUGGGCUUAUCUCACCAAAAUUAAUGUUGAUGAGUGUGUUGAAGAAAUGUCUACGUUGGUAAAAAGGAGUGCAAUGGUGUAAGUUAGUAUGGUGAAUGGGCGAGGAUUGGUUGAACCAUUUAAGUGCUGUCAGGUGAACAUGUUUGUGUAAUUUAAUGAUAGUUCAUUUUUUGCUGUGUAUCAAAUCAAGAAUCAGAACAUGCUCUAAAGUGCUGUAAUGACCACAGUUUCCUAUGUUUAUAUAAGGUUGUCAUUUUCUUCAAAAAUAACGGUUGUGUAGGUUUUAUAAGGUUACCUCAAGCAGUUGAUCUAUUGCCAUCCAUCUUUGUCUCUUAUUGUCCAUUAACAGUUGAUAGUUUCCACUUUAUCUCAUUCUAAUAACCAUAACUAUGAGGUACGUGUAGGGUCAUAACAUUGGCCUGUAGUUAGCUGAGAUGGAGGGCUCCUGAUACUAGCAAGUGUAAAAUGUUUUACCUUUUUAUAUGAUUUAUUAUACUUGGCUGACUGUCAAAUCCCAGGGCUGCCUUCCUUCAUAGGAUCUGCUGUUUGACUCGAGUCAAAGUUUGUUGUAGACCUGAUUAAGAGAUUUGUAUAUAUGUUUUUAAAUAUGAUAGUUUUUUUUUGUGUAUUUUGUUUAUAAAAACCAAAUUGACCAUUGUCCACAUGAUAGAGACAGACUGUGUAAUAACCUAGCUACUAGGACUUUAGAUAGCUGUACAUGUUGUAGUCAUCAAUCACCUUUACAUUACAAUGUCUUGUGCAUUUAAACAUCAACAUGUAGUAGAAGCGAAACAAAAUUUCAAAAUCAAUCCAUGAAAUAGAAUUUAUAAAAGGUUGUCCAAUAUAACAAUAAAACAAAUUGCACAGUUAUAGGUAUUGAGAUAUGACUCACCUUUAAUUUGGCAUAACUGUUUUCACAUUUUAUUCCAAGUGUAUGUUUUACAUAUGAAUUAUUGCUCCUGUCAUACUUGAAUGAAGCAAAUAAAAAAGAAAAGCAUAAUAUAAGCAAAUUAAAUAAUUUAAGAUUCCAAAGGAAAUAGCUUAAGGAUUUACCUAAAAGUACAAAAUGUACAUAUACUACGUAUUUGUACAACACAUGCAACAAGACUGCCAAACCUUGCCUUGCCUGCCAGUAAUGUUUUAGGUACAAAUGUCAUAAAUCAAAUUUUUUGUUUUGUUUAGGAAAUAUUUCAAUUUCAAUAAUCAUAGCAUGAAUCUAAAAAAAAAUCGUAAAUAUGCAAAAUUGGACUAAUUAGAGGUAAAUGUAAUCAUUUUGAGUCCCUACAAACGUUUUCAGCUACCGGGUUUACAAAAUGAGAGAUUCCAAACGUUGUUCCUGUUGAUUUUCAUAGUUUAUACAGCUAUAAGUACCAGAUUUUAAUUUAUUGUCUGUGUUUUAUUUGUUUUUACUAUAGCUAUAAUAUGGUAAUUUUAUUUGCAAUAGCAGUUUGUUUAGAUUUAUUUUCCGUUGUUUUGUUUUCAUUCCAGGCAGUGUAACUUUGACAAUUCCUUGUCAAAUUUUAGAUAUUUUUUUUUAGAUUGUUUUAGCUUUUGUCGGUGUUAAAGUUCUAAUAGUGUGUAUACAUGUAUUUUAUGUAAUUGUGGUGUAUAGAUAAGCGUAGUUUAUACAUAUUCAAUAUUACUGUGUAUGAUGCUUACUGCUCAAGUUAUCAAUGACAUUUUAUUUAUUAUGAUAUUAACGCUUUUAUAUUUAAAUUACAAUUACACAUAACCAUUACAUAUGAUUACAGUGUAAAUUAAGGAAGGAGUCAUAUCAUGUAUGGCGUUUUAACCAGUUACAAAACCAACCAACACAGUGUCAGCAGCAAUUUUUAAGGGUGGAUCCUCAAUACAAGAUUUCUGUCCUUGUGAUGAGGUAUUUGAACUGAUCUCAUUAGGUUAAAACUUCAUUAAUUGGAAUCAAAAUGGUUAAAUAACAUUUUAACAUAACAGGACAAUAUUUUUUCCUAAUCAUUCUGACCAUGACAAUAACAAAAUUGCCUUAAUAUUUAUUGUGAGACAGAACAAAUGCAGGUAUCCCACCCAAAUUGUUCACCACUUUUUUCAAAAUUAUUCAAGUUAAGUACAUAUAUAUCUUUGUUCACUUUGUGUAUUGACACUCUCUUGUGAUAUAAAUACCCUUUUCAUUUAAUGUACAGUCUGUAUUGACACUAUUUUUUCCUAAAAUGUCCUCUACUUUAUGUUAAUUUACACUUUUUUGUGAGGUUAAUGUCCUCUUCAUUGACCCUGUUUUGUGAUGUGACUUUAAUGUUUUUUCAUGUGUGUUGGGAUAUGUUCAUAGGUUCAUUAAGGCAGAAACUUAAAUUUGAUAUUCUAUAGAACAAUAAUUAUAACAAGCUCCCAAGGACUUCAGAAAUUGGUUUGCUAAUUACAAGUGUUAAUGGUCGAUGACAAGGGUCAUAAAUAGGGUUUUGUUAAGAGCAUGAAUUCAUAAUAAAAUGAGUUUACCUGGUAAUUGUAUCCUUAUUGCUCGACUUGUCCAUCUGCAAAUAUUUUUGUAAUUAAGUUAGCGAUUUUUCAUAAUACAUAUGUAGGAUAUCUGAUUUUUAAAUGACUUUUUUUUUAUAGGUUGAAUGAAGCCUAUUAAUGAAAUAUGAAUUGUCCUGUUAUUUGAAAUUUUCCUUCCAGAUUAUUAUGAUACAACUAAGAUCAAUUGAUUUCGAUUUGGAUUUCUCUGAUGUCACUGUUUUCACUAUUGGUUUUAUUGGAGUUGAAUGUAGUUCAGAUAGAGGUCAUUAUAAAUUUACGAUUUGUUACGAUGUGUAUGUUUCUUGUGUAACCAUUUAUUUUUGGCAUUGUUUGUUUUCUCCACAUCCUUUGUGUUCAUUUUAAGAAUAAAAUAUUUUAGAUUGUUUGGGAAAGUCUCAAGUUCUAUGUGGUCAAGCCCACCCAUUAUAGUUAACUCUUAUGUCCCAAAGUGGCACUCCACUCACCAUCAUUGUGAGAUAUGAAAGUUUCAGCAUAAAAAUGUAGGUCAUUGAUCAAAAUUUUAGAAGGGACAGUAGGCAUAGCCUUUAUAAGUUCUCUCCAGAAGGCAGACAGUAAGUAAUAUUUACUUAUUAUUAUUUUUUAUCCCGAAACCUAGACUGACCAGCUGACUAGGUCAAAGUAUAUGUUAUUGUUGUCAGGUUAUAUAAGGUAGACAGGAGUUGUCCACGUUGUCCAUCUGUUGUAUGUUAUUGAUAUACAUGUAUGUUUCACGUUUACUGUGACAUCUGUUAGGCAGCAACCUAAAAUAAAAUACUUAAAGAU